AUGAAUUUAUCUAUGUGUUGUGCUACUAACAAAAGGCCAUUUGAAGAUAAGAAAAAUAUUUCUAAAGAUGUUCAAAUUGAAAAGUAUUAUGAUAUUCAGUUUAAUAAUAACAAUGAGGAUAAUAUUCAGGUAGAAAAUGAUGAAGAUGAUGACAUAAAUGAUGUGUUUAAUGAAAAUUGA